AGAUUUAGAUAGGUAGCAUGGAUUGCUAAAACACCUGUUCGCGGUUCUGAUAAAAGUGUGCUAAACUUGGUGAUGUGAUGUCAGUUUGUCCGAGCCGCACGUGAAGGCGUCACAGUCUCCAGUGGUGUCUGCUUCAGAGGAGUGAAGAAGCCGCAGCUUCUCUGCUCCCCCCGCCUCCUCCGUGUUUUUCUCCUUGGAAAUACAAAAAAGCACGACUAUAGAGCUCCUCACAACCGUGUCCUGUCAGAGGGAAGAAGAGGAAGAGGAGAAACGACGGGAAAACUGUGAGAAACACCAGGACAGAGCCGGAGACGGAGCAGCGGCGUGUGUUUGAGCCACGGAACUGCCGUUAAAACCAGAACUCACUCAACAUACACAUACACAGAGGGAUGGCUGUUCCGUAUGAGGGCCAGUCUUUCUCUGCACUGAGGAGAAAGUGCCGUCAGAAUGGACAACUGUUUGAAGACCCUCUGUUUCCUGCAUCUGAUCAGUCUUUGUUCUACCAGUCAAACACCAUUGGCCGAGUCACCUGGAAAAGGCCCAAGGAGUUAUGCAGUGACCCCCAUCUGUUUGUUGACGGCAUCAGCGCCCAUGACCUGCACCAAGGCCAGCUGGGAAACUGCUGGUUCGUAGCUGCCUGCUCCAGUCUGGCCUCUAGAGAGGCGCUAUGGCAGAAGGUGAUCCCUGACUGGAAAGACCAGGAGUGGGACGAAGAAAAACCAGAGUUGUACGCUGGUAUCUUCCACUUCUGUUUCUGGCGGUUUGGUGAGUGGGUGGACGUGGUGAUCGACGACCGGCUGCCCACCGCUAAUGGACAGUUGGUGUACUGCCAUUCCAAGGACAGCAAUGAGUUCUGGAGUGCGCUGGUGGAGAAGGCGUACGCCAAAAUGUGUGGAUGCUACGAGGGGCUGGAUGGGGGCAACACGGCCGACGCUCUUGUGGAUUUCACUGGGGGCGUGUCAGAGCCGAUGGACUUGAUAGAAAAUGGAUUCAAAGAAGAUGAAGAUAAACGGAAUGAGUUUUUUGAGAGAGUCCUGAAGGUCCACAACAGAGGAGGCCUCAUCAGCUGCUCGAUCCGGGCAACCACUGCAGCAGACAUGGAGGCCAGGCUGGCCUGUGGACUGGUGAAGGGUCACGCCUACGCUGUAACGGACGUCCGCAGGGUGAGACUCGGCCAUGGGCUGUUGGCCUAUUUCAGGUCAGACAAACUCACCAUGAUCCGCAUGAGGAACCCCUGGGGACAGAGAGAGUGGAACGGGCCCUGGAGCGACAGCUCUGAAGAGUGGAACAAGGUCAGUAAGAGUGAGCGGGAGAGCAUUGGUGUCACUGUGCAGGAUGAUGGAGAGUUCUGGAUGACCUUUGAUGAUUUCGUUGCUAACUUCACAGACAUCAUCCUGUGUCGUCUCAUUAACACCUCUUACCUGAGUUUCCAUAAAACCUGGGAAGAGGUUGUGAUGCAUGGCUCCUGGCGUCGCCAUGACGACCCGCUUCUGAACCGAGCCGGAGGGUGCACUAACAACAAGCACAGCUUCCUCCAAAACCCACAGUACGUGUUUGAUGUGAAGAAGCCAGAGGACGAGGCUUUGAUCUGUUUGCUGCAGGAGGACCGCAGAGCCAGACUGAGAGAAGGCAGAGGAGAAAACCUGGCCAUUGGCUUCGACAUACACAGAGUGGAGUUAAACAGGACGUACCGUAUGCAUGUCACUCAGCAGAAGGUCGGUGGGAGCGUCUACAUCAACUCCAGGUCUGUGUUCUUACGCAUCGAAUUGACAGAGGGGCGCUACGUUGUCAUACCUACAACAUUUGACCCCGGCCUGGAAGGAGAAUUCCUGCUCCGCAUCUUCACUGAUGUGUCUUCGGAUUGCAAAGAGCUGACUCAGCAUCAGCCUCCGCAGACCUGCUGGUCUGGCCUGUGUGGUUACCCCUCUCUGGUCACUCAGGUCCACGUGCUGCAGGCAAAUGGACUGGCAGGACAAGACUCAGAUGGAGUGUCAGACCCGUACGUGAUCAUUCGCUGCGAAGGAGAGAAAGUUCGCUCUGCAGUCCAUAAAAACACGCGCAGCCCCGUCUUCAACACCAAGGGGCUGUUCUACAGGAAGAAAGCCAACAAGUCAAUCAGCAUUGAGAUUUACAACCACAACGCGCUGAUGGACUCCUUCCUGGGUCAGGUGACAUUGCCAGCAGAGCAAGGUGAGUUCCAGCAGACGCUGCACCUGAGGGACAAGGGUGAUCGUCGCGACAAUGAUCUCCCUGGUACUCUCACUGUUGCCAUAGUGACCAGCUCCGUGCUCAUCAACAUCUGAGGCAGUCCUCCAAACUGAUUCUGUCGCAAACUUUCUUAAAUGACCACUUUACAACUCUCUCAGAACAGAGAGUUCACUCUUUUAUAGAAAGCUUCACAUCCUGCAGCAGGAAGUGAUGACAUACAAACCAAAUGAUUUUGUUGUUAGCUUCACGUCUUUAUAUGUGUGUUUACAAAAUGAGUUAAAACUCAUCAGUUAAUCUCAAUAACCUUAAUAAAUCAUGGAAGUGCUAAUGCCAUUUUUUAAGUGUAGUUCAUAAUCAUUGUUUACAGAUGUUUGGGAUCUGAUGUGAUGUCUUCCAGCAGCUACUCUGUGGAAUGUUUAUUACUUACCUGUUUUUAUUUACAUUUUUAAAUCCCAUAAAUGCCUUUUUUUAUAUAUUAUAUUUGUUUUCUGUCUUGUCUAAAUAUUUUCAUGUUAGAUGAAGCUUUUACAAGUGAAGUUGCUGUGUUUUACAGCGUGUUUGAACACAGCAUUCAUAAAUCUUUCAUUGUGUCAUUACAGUAUAUAGUUUUAGACCAUUUUAGAUGCUUUCAGAGGUUUCAGGUGUGUUUCAGGGUGCUUUCAUACCUAGCUUGUUGUUUUGAAACCGGGGGUAUUUGUGUGGACACAGCAAUCGCACACCGCUCCAACGAGAGAUGUGUACACAAUUUACCCACAGACCAAGCUAUAACCAAGCAGCUUACACCUGAUGCGUCUUCAGAAGAUAAACGGUCUGGUGAAUAGGUCAUUAUGUGCCUCCAGAACACGUCUUUUUCUUCAGAGGUGUCCUGAUGCAUCACCAGAAAUAUGCCAUUGUUUUCUCUAGUUACUCGCUCAAAUUGGAAAUGUCCAUAUACUGAAUGCUGGUAUAUCACCAUCCAGAGAACGGCAAUAAAUGCUAUUGCCCACACUCACUGAUGUUAAUCCAUUUUCGAUUAUGGGAGUCUGAGGGAUUUCCUGAAGUCCAAAUCCCCCUCAAUAUUCUGACUGAUCUUAAAAAUGUUUAUAAGCGUGUAGCAUUAAGGGUGAUGUCAAGUCGAAACUGCAGUGUGGCAACGAAUUGAACUAAGGUUAAGUGCAACAUUGUAUUACUCCCUGAAUCGGAACGAAAUACAGGUAUGAAAGCACCUUUACAGAGAGGUAUUUCUGUCAUGUCAUCUUUUUUUACACGGACAAAAUAGUAGAAACACCUUUUUAAGGGAGAAGUUUAAUGUUUACUGAUGCUCAUAGUCGAGAAAACCACUAGUGCCAUUGUUUCAGAUACGCCAACUCAAAUAUGUUUUUAACUGAUUAAUCCAUCUACACUAUUUAUUAGUUUCCUGCUACUAAUUCAGUUCCAGGAUAUUUCUAAUGAUGAAUUAACAAUAUUGUUUGAAGCAGGGCUGCAGCGAUUAUUCUAUUAAUCAAUUAUUAUUUGAUUAAUAAAUCAAUCGUCAACUAUUUUCAUAAUUGAUUCAUCAUUUUGAGUGUAUUUUUAAUAAUUGAAACAAUAUAAUAUAACAAAGAAAUCAUUGAAACUGAAUAUUUAAACACUGAUCUACGUUUUCCUGACAUAAUCUGGACCAAACAAUUGCUCCAUUCAUUUAGAAAAUAAUGGAUUAAGUCUAUUAUGAAGAUAAUCGCCAGUUGCAGCCCUAAAUUGAAGUAUGGAGCAAUAAAGGACUUCAAAUGUGAUACAAAUGUGAACACAUUCUGCACUCGUGUUUUCAUGUUUUCCUAAAAUCGUCUUACAUUAAACCGUUUAUCCCUGUAAUAAUAAACUGUGAGUUAAUUUGCUCUCAUGUUGAACCACUUUCUUUGACCCUAGACUGAUGUUCAGUCAUCAGUUUUCCUCUGAUCACACUCACAUUUCACUCACUGUUUAUCUCACUAAUCGAUUUUAAGGUUCUGUUUUUGCCAGCAUUUGUUUGUUUGUGAGCUGCAUAACUUAAAAAGUAAGAGACAGAUUUUGAUGUAAGUUUUUGUGGAUGUAGUUUACACAGAGAUGAUUAGAUCUUUUGUCUGUACUGACACGUUGGGAAACUGUACGGCCUUGGCAUAGGUUUGAACUCUCUAGUUAGAAAAAUGUAAAAUGUUCUUUUAAUAAAAAUGCUGGUUAUUAUUAUUUCAACUCUGUUUAUCUGUACCUUCUCAUUUUCAGUAUUUAAUGUUUACAGGUGGCUGUUUUAUUGGCAGAUGAUUUCUUUCAAUAAACUUAGUGUUGACAGUG